AUGGCUAUGGUCGUAUUCAUUGACAAUGCGCCUUUCACUGCAGCAUACCCUGAGAUUGUCGCCGUCCAUGAACACACUACUGGUUUCCCUCUUGCUGCCAGCGCAAUGGCUGACAAAUGUUUUCUCCAUCACUACCUGGGGGUAUAUUAUAACAUCCUGGUAUGUAGCAAGCAACUCCCUUGGAACCCACCUUUCUACUGCAUCACCCAUGGCCAUGUGGUGGGUGUGUUACCCAGCUGGGAGCACACUCUAAAUGUCGUUCUGGGUGUCCAUAAUGCCAAUUACGAUGAAGUUGAUACUAUCACCAUCGGGGCUGGAGAUGAUGCCAAUUUUGGGUACAUGGAUGGGUACAUGGAUGCAAUUGAUGAUGUCCCGGCUACAUCAAAGCAAAAACAGACCACAGCUGAUAAUCCCCUUCUACUAUACUGCAGAGACUGCACUGUCUACAACCAUUUGCAGUGUCCCACUCAUUGCAUCAAGGAGUGGAUGGGGUCAUUUUUCAUAGCUAUGUCACUCAAGAAGCUUGGUCUGAGGAUCCAGCUGGGGCAUGCGACUGGCAAAAGCUGUAUCCUGCCUUGCAAGUCAUUCAAUGACAACUUUGUCCUCAUUGAUACAAAUGGAAUACACAAGAUGGUAGUUGACUUCUGUGGCUGUGAAACCUCCCAGACUCAUACCAAACAGCUCUUGCGCAUGGGUUGGUUUCCCUCAACAACUGUGGAUCCAAGGACAGCGGCAACCUUCCAACUAUUACACCAUUACCAGAUUUUGUCUUUUGAGUCCAAGGCAUCCACAUAUGAAUUCUAUCACUUGCUUGUCCAUAUAUCUGACAAUGUUGGUUUGAUUGAGAAGCCUGGCAAGAAUCUACCCCCUGACUGGAAAGAAGCGCCAAAAGCCAAACAAUGGCUUUAUUCGUUGUUUGUAGCUAUUGACACCAAUUUUCGCUUGAAGAGACAGAAUAUUUUAAGCAAUGAAGUGGACCCAAGUCUCUCAGAGGGAUGGUUGUACUUCAUAGAAGAGAAGAAGUUCAAGUCACACCUCAAGGAGCAUUUGUCCAAGACACAGGAGAAAAGUUCCUGCUCGAACCAUAAUGCCAUGAAUAUGGCUGAGACAAAGCUAUCACAGGGCCUUGCAGCUACUGGAGUAGGGACAGUCGAUUGCGCGUGA